AUGUACGACGACCCACCUCCUAUGACUCUGGGAUUGUCUGAUGAGACUGCAGAAAUGAUUCGUCUCUCCCUAGCAACCGCGACCUUCGCCUUCGGCCUCCUCGCCGAUAUCUUCGCCUCGCCUCGCCUCUUCCUCGCUAAGAACGCCCUCUCCGUUGCCAGCGCGCCACUCGAGGUUCUAAUCAGUCUUCUUUACUGGAGCCUCCGCACCAUCGACCCGGCGCUCGUGAUGCCCGAAUGGGCGCCUCCACUAGACAUGCGUGCGGACCUCAGCUUCCACGCUGUGCCUGCCAUUGUCCUCGCCAUCGAUUUGCUAUUCCUGUCGCCGCCGUGGACGAUUGAGGCGUUGCCCGCGUUUGCCCUCAGCGCGACAACCGCCCUCGCCUACUACGCCUGGGUGGAGCUCUGCCACUCCCGCAACGGCUUCUACCCCUAUCCACUCUUCGAGCAGCUCUCGCCGGCGGGCCGCGUUGCUCUUUUCGUCGGUUGCGCGGUGGCUAUGGCGCUCAGCACCGCGGGGCUGAAGAGGGUGUAUGGGUGGGUUAACGGCGCUACGGUAGGGGAGGACGAGGAGAGGCCCGGGAGUGUGAAGGGAAAGGAGGAGUAUAAAGGGGUUUGGGGGAGCGGUAUGAGCGCUGGAGGGGGGAGGUAA